AUGAAGAGUCUACUUUUUCUGGUGCUGAUUUCUAUCUGCUGGGCUGAACAUACUGGCAACUACACUCUGGAGCAUGACAGAAUUAUUCACAUCCAAGCUGAAAAUGGACCCCGUCUACUUGUGGAAGCAGAACAAACUAAAGUCUUCUCACACAGGGGUGGCAAUAUCACACUACCGUGUAAAUUUUACCGUGACCAUACAUCAGCUGGCUCAGGAACCCACAAAAUUCGUGUCAAGUGGACCAAACUCACCUCAGAUUACCUCAAGGAAGUGGACAUCUUUGUCGCAAUGGGACUCCACCAGAAGAGUUAUGGAAACUACCAGGGCAGGGUGUUUCUGAAAAAAGGCAGUGAAAAUGAUGCUUCUCUUGUAAUCACAGAUAUAAAACUGGAGGAUUAUGGGAGAUACAAAUGUGAGGUGAUUGAAGGAUUAGAGGAUGACAUAGCAGUGGUAUCUCUGGAUUUACAAGGUGUUGUAUUCCCUUACUUUCCACGUCUGGGUCGCUACAACCUAAACUUCCACGAGGCUCAGCAAGCUUGUCUGGACCAAGAUUCUGUUAUCGCCUCCUUUGACCAAUUGUAUGAGGCGUGGAGGUCGGGGCUGGAUUGGUGUAAUGCAGGCUGGCUCAAUGAUGGAUCAGUUCAGUACCCUAUCACCAAACCCAGAGAGCCCUGCGGAGGAAAGAACACAGUGCCUGGAGUCAGGAAUUAUGGGUUCUGGGAUAAAGAUAAAAGCAGAUAUGAUGUUUUCUGUUUUACAUCAAACUUCAAUGGCCGUUUUUACUACCUAAUACACCCAACCAAGUUGACCUAUGAUGAAGCUGUGCAGGCCUGCCUCAAGGAUGGAUCCCAGAUUGCUAAAGUAGGCCAGAUAUUUGCUGCCUGGAAACUUGUAGGUUAUGAUCGCUGUGAUGCCGGCUGGCUGGCUGAUGGCAGUGUCCGCUACCCAAUCUCCAGGCCAAGAAGACGCUGCAGUCCUGAUGAAGCAGCAGUGCGCUUUGUAGGCUUCCCAGAUAAAAAACACAAGCUAUAUGGUGUCUACUGUUUCAGGGCGUACAACUGA